GAAGUCAGACGUGCCAUACAUUUUGGUCCAUCUAAAAACCUAGAACAGUAUGUCCAAGAAUCUGGAAGAGCAGGGAGGGAUGGAAAGAGCAGCACAUGUACUAUCCUUUAUAAUGGUCUACUGGCAGCAUAUUGUGAGAAAGAUAUGAAAGAAUUCCUGCAGUCCGACAGAUGCCGACGCCAUGAACUAAUGAGGAACUUUAGUGACUAUGCCUGUGUUGAAGUUAACCCUGCUCACAAUUGUUGUGAUGUAUGUGCAAGUAAUUGUGAUUGUAACAGUUCAGAGUGUAGAAUGAAUUGGUGUUUGCUUACCCCAGACAGCCACCUAGAAAUCGAUGAUUUGUGUAUGGCAACCAGUAAUGACGAUAACCCACAAACUCGACAUGUUAAUGAACACCAUAAGCAAGAACUUAUACAGAGGUUGUUAGAACUCCAAAAAAAGUUGGCUAACAGACUAGAUGCCAAGAAAUAUGUUUCAUGUCCAAAUGUGUUGAUGGAAUUUAACAAAUUCCAUAUUAAGCAAGUGGCAAACAAUUGUCACUUAUUGUUUUGCUUGGAUGAUGUUCUUGAACACAUUGAAAUUUGGCGACAUCAGUAUGCCUGUGUCAUACUUCAAGUAAUUUCCGAAGUUUUUGGUGAUAUUGAGUAUGCAUAUUCAGAUGCAGAUUUAAGUAUUGAAAACAUUUCCAUGCUUGAUGAAUCGAUCAAUUCUGUGUGGAAUGAACUCAGAGAGGACUCUUCAUUUAAUAGCAUGUUUGACAGUCUAAAUGUAACUGCUGAUGACACUACAGAUGACUGCAAUGACAUGUCUGACACUGAGUCAAACCAUUCUGGUAACAAUAGUCUAUUUCAAAUGUUAGUUGAUUAG